AUGAUUAUUGAAAAAGAAAUCACUCCGAUGUCUCCCUCCUCUAAUGAUAUUAGAUUAAGAAAAAAAUCAAUAGAUUAUAAGGACGAAAAAUUGAAAACGGCUAUAUCAUAUACAUCGCAACAUGAAGAACAUGAAUUAGGUGUAAACAGAACUUACGAUGAUAUUAAUGAUUUAGAAUCAAUAGAAGAAGAAUUAGGUGUCAUCAAAGAUGUAGAGGUUAAAAGAGAAUUAAAACAAAGACAUAUUGGUAUGAUUGCCCUAGGUGGCACUAUCGGAACAGGUCUUUUCAUCGGGCUGUCUACUCCACUGUCACAAGCAGGUCCAGUUGGUGCCCUCAUAGCGUAUCUGUUCAUGGGUACACUUGUAUACAGCGUAACCCAAUCUUUAGGUGAAAUGGCUACUUUCAUUCCAGUUACAUCCUCUUUUACUGUCUUCUCCCAAAGAUUUUUAAGUCCCUCAAUUGGGGCAGCUAACGGCUACAUGUAUUGGUUUUCUUGGUCUGUCACUUUUGCCUUAGAAUUGAGUGUUGUCGGUCAAGUGAUCCAAUUUUGGACAACGGCUGUACCUUUAGCAGCAUGGAUUAGUAUAUUUUGGGUUAUUUUAACGGUAGGUAAUAUGUUUCCCGUCAAAUAUUAUGGUGAAUUCGAAUUUUGGAUUGCUUGCAUUAAAGUUAUAGCGAUCACCGGGUUUUUGAUUUACUGUCUUUGUAUGGUGUGUGGCGCAGGUGUAACGGGCCCUGUUGGUUUCCGUUACUGGCGUCACCCAGGUGCAAUGGGACCAGGUAUCAUUUCGAAGGAUGUCAAUGAAGGCAGGUUUUUAGGUUGGCUGUCAUCUCUUAUCAAUGCUGCAUUUACCUAUCAGGGUACGGAGUUAGUAGGAAUCACUGCUGGUGAAGCAGCAAAUCCAAGAAAAUCUGUGCCUCGUGCAAUAAGAAAAGUUGUUUUCCGUAUUCUCUUCUUCUAUAUUGGCUCGUUGUUCUUCGUUGGUCUUUUAGUUCCUUACAAUGAUCCCAAAUUAAGUAGCAAGGAUUCAUAUAUCGCAUCCUCACCUUUUAUUAUUGCUAUUGAAAAUUCAGGUACUAAAAUCUUACCUGAUAUUUUUAAUGCAGUCAUCGUCUCCACUAUUAUAUCGGCAGGCAAUUCUAAUAUAUACGUUGGUUCACGUAUCUUAUAUGGGCUAGCCAAGAAUAAAUUAGCGCCAAGAAUUUUAUCCAAGACUACAAAACAAGGUGUACCAUAUUUAGCAGUUAUAACAACGUCCGUGUUUGGUGCAUUAGCAUAUAUGGAAACCACUACGGGUGGUGCAAAUGCAUUUAACUGGUUAUUGAAUAUUACCGCAGUUGCUGGAUUUUUCACUUGGUUAUUUAUAUCUAUUUCGCACAUACGGUUUAUGCAAGCUUUAAAGUUCAGAGGUAUCUCUAGAGAUGAUUUACCGUUCAAAGCAGUUUUAAUGCCAUACUUGGCAUAUUAUGCGGUUUUUUUUAUGAGUAUUAUUAUCAUAAUUCAAGGUUUUACUGCGUUUGCACCUUCGUUUAGCGGUCAAGAUUUUGCUGCUGCAUACGUUUCUGUGUUUUUAUUUAUAUUCCUUUGGAUCGUAUUCCAACUUUGGUUCCGUUGUAGACUUAUCCAUAAAAUUGAAAAUGUGGAUAUUGAUACAGAUAGAAGAGAUAUUGAAGCUGUCGUGUGGGAAGAUUCCGAACCUAAAACAUUCUGGGAUAAGUUUUGGGCAGUUGUUGCAUAA